AUGCUCCCAAAAGUUUUGAGAGGUCCCGUGUGGUUUGCGUCUGGAACCACUACACUCUUCAUCAUGUGCGGAUCUCGGCUGCUGCAGGUGCUGUGUGCGCAGCUCCUGUGGGUGUGGGUGAUGGGUUCAGAGCUCACUUUUGAGCUGCCGGAUAACGCUAAGCAGUGUUUCUACGAAGACAUCACCAUCGGAACCAAGUGCACGCUGGAGUUUCAGGUUGUCACUGGUGGGCAUUACGAUGUAGACUGUCGCUUGGAGGACCCUGAUGGCACAACUCUUUACAAGGAGAUGAAGAAACAAUAUGACAGCUUCACGUUUACAGCUGCAAAGAAUGGCACCUACAAGUUCUGCUUCAGUAACGAGUUUUCCACCUUCACUCACAAAACAGUUUACUUUGACUUCCAGGUUGGAGAUGACCCUCCUCUCUUUCCCAAUGAGAACAGAGUAACUGCACUUACCCAGAUGGAGUCUGCCUGUGUCUCGAUUCAUGAGGCUCUGAAGUCUGUCAUUGACUACCAGACACAUUUCCGUCUGCGCGAGGCUCAGGGGCGCAGUCGUGCUGAGGACCUUAACACCCGUGUGGCGUUUUGGUCAAUCGGUGAAGCCAUAAUUCUUUUGGUUGUCAGCAUAAGCCAAGUCAUCCUACUGAGGAGCUUCUUCUCCGAUAAGAAAACUACCACCACUCGCGUCGGGUCAUAA